CUACAUAUAAUGAUGCUUACGACUCUUUCUUGGGCUCUUUCUUUCUUUUCCCUUAUGUCCUUUGUACACCCUCUCAAUCAAUAAUUUCCCUGAUUGACCAACUAUACUAUAACCAUGUCUCAACCUCAACCCUGGGAACUCCAAGCCCGCAAAGCGAAAGACAUCCUCGAAAGCUCAAUCCCCAAGCAAUGGCUCCUCCCAAAAGACAAACUACCCCCCGCGGAUGAGAAGAGCGUGUUGGACUUCCCGCGCAAGAGCGGGUUGUUGACUGAACGAGAACUCGACACCACCGAACUGUCUGCUACGGCGCUCGUGGCGGAAAUCGGAGCAGGCAAGUUGAGUGCUGAGGAGGUCGUGGUUGCUUUCUUGAAGAGGUCUGUUUUAGGUCAUCAGUUGUUCAACUUUGCGACGGAGUUUAUGGCGGAAAAGGCCAUUUCACGAGCUAAGGAGCUGGAUGAGUAUCAUCAGAAGACAGGGAAGCUAAUUGGGCCGUUGCAUGGCGUCCCGAUCAGCGUCAAGGAGCAUGUUGGGAUCAAAGGGUUGACUUGCAAUGCAGGCUUUGUGGCAUGGGCCGACCAAAUAGCCACCGAAGACGCCUUACUCCUGCAAUGUCUGGAGAAAGCCGGUGCUAUCUUCCACGUCCGCACGAACCAACCACAAUCUCUCAUGCACCUCGAUUGCAGCAACAACCUCACCGGAACGACUCUAAACCCGCACAACCGAACCCUCACCCCGGGAGGCUCAUCAGGCGGUGAAGGCGCCUCCACAGGCUUCAAAUGCGCGCCUCUAGGCGUCGGAUCGGAUAUCGGAGGCUCCAUUCGUGCACCUGCUGCCUUUUGCGGUUCGUAUGGAUUGAAAACGACGGCAUUGAGAAACUCUUUGAACGGGAUUAGAGCCGCUGGGGGCGGACAAGAGUCGAUUAGAGCUGUACUUGGGCCAUUGGCGAGCCAGAGUAUUGAAGAUUUGGAGUUGUUUCAGCGGGUUAUUAUUGAUCAGGAGCCGUGGGAUAUUGACACGAGCUUGGUCCCGGUGCCUUGGAGGAGGGUUACGCCGACGAGAGACAUUACUGUUGGGAUUAUGUGGGAUGAUGGAUCAGUCCGUCCUCAUCCACCAAUUAUCAGAGCAUUGCAAUAUGCCAAAGAAAGGCUAAUGGCAGCCGGUAUCAAAAUUGUCGACUGGGAGCCCUACAAGCACAACCACGGCUGGGACAUAGUGUCCGCCAUGUACUUUGCCGACGGCACAGAAUCCCAACAGACCAUCCUCAAGCAAUCCGGCGAACCCUACCUCCCCCUCACCAAAUGGGCCUUCCGAUACUCCUCCGGGACCCCCCUCACCGUCUCAGAGAACUGGUCCCUAAACUACGCGCGCGACCACUACCGCGACGAAUACCACGCGCUCAUGAAAUCCCGCGGCGUCGACUUCAUCCUCACACCGACGUAUCUGGGCGUUGCGGCUGUGGUUGGCGAGCCACAGUACUGGAACUACACGGCUAUCUGGAAUGUACUCGAUCAGCCGGCUGUUGUGUUUCCGAGUGGACUGGUCGUUGAUGAAGAGCUUGAUAAAGCAGAGGAGGGGUACCAGCCGAGGAAUGCGGUUGAUGAGAGGGAGUGGAAGAAGUAUAGCCCUGAGCGGUAUGUUGGGGCGCCGAUUGCGUUGCAGUUGGUUGGGAAGAAGUUCAAGGAUGAGGAAGUGUUGGCGGCUGCUAAAGUGGUUGAGGGGGCUUUGAGAGUUGAGGCUAGUAAAGAGAUAAACUAGGGGUUUAGUAUUCACUGGUUAUCAAUUUCUGAACGGUGCGAUUAUUAUUCACUUCAAACCUGUUCCUAGUCAUGGCAUUAGUAUCUGUAUUCGUCUUAAGUCCUUUUCAAUUUAUUCUUCCAGACAUACAGG